UCUCGAGACCGGCGGCGUCUUCUUCCAAUUUCAAAGAACAAUAUUUUCCUCGAUUAUCAGUCAACGUUUGCAGCAGAGCUCCGCAUUUCUCCCUCCGCUACGGCGCUACCUCUGAGCGAGCGAGAGAGCGAUCCAUGGAGAAGAAGCGGGUGGGCAUCGUCGGCGCAGGGAUCAGCGGCCUCGCCGCCUGCAAGCACGCGGCGGAGCGUGGCUUCCGCCCCGUCGUCUUCGAGGCCUCGGCCGGCGUCGGCGGCCUAUGGGCCCACACCCCUGCCUCCACCAAGCUCCAGUCCCCAACUCUGGACUUCACCUUCUCCGACUUCCCCUGGCCGCCGGACGUCACCGAGAUCUUCCCCCGCCACGACCAGGUCCAGAACUACCUCGAAUCCUACGCGCGCCACUUCGACCUGCUCCGCUGGAUCAAGUUCCGCUCCAGUGUGGUGUCGAUCGACCUUGUCGGGACGUCCGAGGAGGAGAUCGCCGCGUGGGACCUCUGGGCCGGCAACGGCGAGGCCUUCGGCGGCGUCGCCAAGGGAGAGUGGCACCUCACCGUGCAGCGCGAGGGCGAUCCCUCCACCGAGAUCUAUCGCGUGGAUUUCUUGAUCCUGUGCAUCGGGAGGUUCAGCGACGCCCCAAAUUUCCCCAACUUUGCACGACGAGGUGCAGCCCAGGUGUUCGAUGGAAUGACUAUGCACUCGAUGGAGUACUCCAACAUGGACGACGCUGGCGCUGCCGCUCUCGUGCGAGGAAAGCGAGUCACCGUCGUCGGCUCAGGGAAGACAGCGUUUGAGAUCGCAUCAGAGUGCGCAGAUGCAAAUGGAGUUGGCCUACCUUGCACUAUGAUCCUUCAAACCAAACGCUGGUUUGUUGAUGAACCUACUGCCAUGAGAUUUCGGCUAUUCGGUCAUUUCUAUCGAACGCGAUUUGCCGAGCUUCUCGUUCACAAACCUGAGGAAGGAGUUUUCUUGAGUCUGCUGGCCACCUUCUUGGCUCCUCUGAGAUGGCUGUUCAACAAAAUCACUGAAAGGCACUUCACAAGAAACAUGCCUCUGAUGAAAAAGCAUGGGAUGGUUCCUGAUCACAGCUUCUUCCAAGGGUAUUCUUCUUGUGUAAUCGGUAUGCUGCCCGAAAAGUUCUACGAGAGAGUGGAAGAAGGGAGCAUUACUUUGAAGAGACCUACCACUUCAGCCUUGUGCAAGGAUGGAUUGGUCAUAGACAAAGGCGAAGUCGUACAUUCGGACCUAGUGAUCUUUGCUACUGGAUUCAAAGGCGACCAGAAGCUCAGAAACAUAUUCGUAUCCAAAUGGUUUCAACAAAUUGUCGCCGGCUCAUCCACUCCCAUGGCUCCUCUGUUUAGGGAAUGUAUCCACCCGCAAAUCCCCCAACUGGCAAUUGUUGGGUUCACCGAGAGCUUCUCAAAUCUUCAUGCUGCGGACAUGAGAUCCAAAUGGAUUAGCCAUUUCUUGGACGGCCGGUUCAAGCUUCCGAGCAUAUCAUCCAUGGAGAAGAGCGUGACGGAGUGGCAGAAAUUUUUUAAGAAGAACAUACUGGAAUUGGAGAAAUACACAACGAGAACAGAUCGUGAGUUCUUCCGGGGAUCAUGCAUCGGCACCGUCAACAUAUGGUAUAACGAUCUUUUGUGCCGGGACAUGGGGUACAGCUCGAGAAGGAAGAAAGGAUUCCUAGCAGAAUGGUUCCAACAAUAUAAUCCUGUUGAUUAUGCUGGGAUUUAUAGCAAAGGUAAUUGACUUACUAUUAUCGUUACCAUUGUGCGAAUCAUACAUGUUGCGAUCAAAAUAGCUUAUUUCACAAGUAUCGAACUAUAUCUUGAUUGCCCGUGCCAAAUGGCCUAAACAAUCAACUUGGCGCCGAUCUAUGUGACCUGCUCAA